AUGGCUCUGAGCUCGGGAUGGGCUCCUCCAGCCCCACUACCCGCCUCACAGCAGGCUGUGUGCGGCGGCCCUGCACCGGCAGCCUGCUGCAACACGGUGCUCAUGUCCGUGCGGGUUUCAGUGUGUCAUUCCGGGAUCCGGCCGCUGUGCCUGCCCGGGGCAGGGAGCGAGGCUCUCCGCCUGCAGCUCUCCAUGGACCCGAGCUGCGCGGGAGAGUUCCGCCUCGCGCUGAGAGACACGAGCGGCAGCCGCAGCGUGUUCAUUGCAGAGUUUGACCUGCGCUCCGUGCAGUAUGAGGUGAAGUCUCCUCGGUGUCAUGAGAUGCGUUUAGCCGCUCCACCGCACGACUGCAUCCGCUUCAACUUCCGGUGCGACCGUGAGGCAGAGGAGUGGGCCACUGUGGUCAUGUCCUCACUCCGAGAGGCGCAUAGAGUUUCAAAUAUUAUUCCAUGUGAAUCGGACGGUACGCAGACAGCCGCAGAGGCCUUCAGCUCGGCUCCUUCGCUCCCUCGCUGCGAGGAGUUGUGCCUGGAGCUGGCCAAAGCCGUAGAAGCCGGUGACGGGCAAGCGGCAGCACAACACGCCUCAGCUCUGGCCCGGCAGAAAGCGGCGCUCACCAUCCAGCUAGCUCAAAACAACUACACAGACGGGGAAAUUAACUUAUCGGUUGUAGUAGAAGAUGUCUCGUCGUCUUGUUGUGUGACAGUUAAAGUGUUUCCUUACAUGACGGUGGCAGCACUAAAGCAACAGGUGUUUCUAGAGUAUGGCUUUCACCCGCGGGUGCAGCGCUGGGUGAUUGGUCAGUGCCUGUGCACAGAUCUCAGGAGCCUGGCCUCAUAUGGGGUGCAGAAGGACGGAGACACUGCAUACCUGUACCUGAUCUCCGCCCGCCAGGCGCGCAUCACUAGGCAGCUGUUCCAGCAGGACCUGGAGAGCACCCUCCUCGCCCCUCCUCCUCCUCCAGGAAACGGCCCCAUGUCCCAGGACCGCCGGGGCUACAGCACCCUACCCACCCGGCUGCACAACAACCAAGGAGGCUCAGGGUCAGGAGUUGACCUUAAAGAUAUCCUCGACUUUGAGAAUCUCCAAAUAAAUGACAAAACCAACAAAGCCACUAAAACACAGCAAACAGAGUGGGCCUGUCCCUUGUGCACGUUCAUAAACAAACCAUCUCGUCCCGGCUGCGAGAUCUGUGCCACCGCUCGUCCUGACACACACGCGCUGCAGGAUAAAGGAAGGCGAGAAGAGCGGGCAGACCCUGGUCCCGGCAGCAGCUGA